CCCGUCUGCUCCAAAAUCCCCGAUUCCCCAAUUCGAGCACGUCUCCUCCACUUUGCGUCAAGUGCCGACGAUAUAUAUCCUAUGUUUUUCGCCUUGUCCAAUACCUCUACAUCUUCUCGUCAGACUUCAUCUUCAUUGUUAUUGUGUCUGCCGCCGGCCAUGGACGUGGGAUGCACCGCUCACAGCCGUAGAUAGCCUCUAUUGAUCUUAUGUAAUGUUAGGUAAUACCUCUCGCGCAUGCCAUGGUCGUGGUCGGCACUCUUUACCCCUAAGUUACUAGCUGUGUUUUCGACGGAGGAGUCGGCGCAUAAGAGUCGCGGGUCUGCCUUCCCCUAAGUUACUAGCUGUCUCUGCAACUUUCCCCUAAGUUACUAGCUUUCUGGAGUUUGCGGUCUUGUCUGUGUCUCUGCGUCCCACGCUCCAGCGCCCGCAAAUUCGUUCUCAUGGUUGGGGCUUGUUAUCAAUGACCCAGAAUUGGACCGACGUGACCCGGUUGAGAUGGAACUUUUUACGCAAGACGACGAAAGGCCGUAGACCGAUUUUACGCCGACGAGGAAGAUUCGAGAGGACUUGAUGUCAACCGUCAUUGAGUGAGGCCGGUUUAUUUCCUCGAGCUGGGGAAGCUCCGGAGCCGCAAUGUUCUACCCCACCACUAGCAAUUCUACGGAUACUGAAGUUGACGAUGAUCUCGACGCUUUGUUCUCGACAGACCGCCAACUCGCACAGUCAGUGAAAACACGGCGAUUCAGAAGUGAAGGGAUUAUCCGGCCUUGGCGACACAGAAAAGAACCUCACAUGACGGAACGCGGAUCUCGAGACGGAUACGGCAGGUCACAGAGGGAUUUAAUAUUCUGGCAAUUAUUGGCGAAGUUGACAGAUCACUCUGUUGGACAAAGUGAGCCGGCCGGAUGAGCAAGCAGAUCAGAUUGGGGUAGGACGAAAAACACCGAGGUCAUUCGCGAUAUUCUCCAACCCAGGCGAGCCAAUGGAUACGGUCACAUCAUGCACAGAUCGUGAAUCUACGGAAACAGAAACAAUUGGUAUGGAAUGAAGGACUCUGACGUAGGCUGACUCAGUAGUCUAGAUCAGCUGACUAUCCAUAUGGAAAAUUCCAUGACAGCUCGUAUUCGAUGACAUCGGGGUUUUUAGACUCUCGUUUGUUUCGGAUGCGUUCUCCACUGGAAAAAGCUUAGCAUCUUGAUACCCUGAGAGUAUUCAAGAUGGAGGAAUGUAUCGAAUUGCUGGUUUUACGAGAUGGGGCUGGCUUGACUACCGGUAUUCUUGUGCUAAUGAACCAGUGGUCCGUCUGAGGGUGAGUCGUGCCAAGACGUCAGCUUCGAGGUUUGGUUCUAUUUGUGAUUCAGGCGCAAGAUCCCGUGAAUCUGUCUCUGUUUGGCAGAUUUGUGUUGCAAACAGUCACUCAACAUGUUACAGUGAGAUUGUGAUAGCCAAACACUCAGCGAUGAUCAACAAACACUCGCCAGCAAAUACACCCCUAACGGCAUGUAAACAAACACAGGCAAAUUCGAUAUCCACUUGAUCUCAUCCAAUAUUCAAUUCAUCCAUGGAUCUUUGGUAGAGAUCGCGUGCCCGGGGGCGGAGACUAGCAGCCACACCGUUCAGGGGCUCAAUCCAAACCGCUGCAUGCGCCGUCGGGAGUGAUGGGAUUAGAUCGAUUCUGUGCGGCUGAAAUUAAACAAACUAUUUGGAGAAACAUAAAAAAAAAAAAGCUUGGCUAUCGAAACGUCGUCCGUUGUGAGGCUGGCUGUGAACCUUGCAACACGAUAAUCCAGGGGGACUUUGGAUUGUAACUUGGAGCUAGAAGUGGACAUGCUCAUUAAUUACCUGUUUUCUUACGGUGAGGAAUGAUCAUUAAUAUUCAUCGCCAUGUUUAUUGUCCAACAAGUUGCAAGUUGAUAAGAGAAUCCCUG